GCAGUGCAAUUCCACGAGACGAGCGCAGCAAAAACAAGCAUCAGGGGGUCAGGAUGAGCAGGGCUCAAUGUCACGGAGCUUUUCCAGCAAACAGACCAACCUGAGCCUACGUCACAUCACUGCGGGCCGGCUAUUGGGAUAUACAAGAGAUUCUACAAGUAGGCGGUGACAUCAUUGAGCGGGACUUGAAUCUCCCUCUGCCUGUCUCCUGUUGUGAAACACCACUGCUCCAUCACCAUGUCCAUCCAGAUAUUUCGAGUGGUGGAGCUGGUGAUGCGCUCUGCUUGCAGCAACACCAUUAGAAGUAGAUCCUAUAUGCGAAAGGCUGGUCUGGCCCCAGUGGGUCCCCCUGGCCUCUGUGUUCCUGUGCUUCACAGGAGGGCCUACAGCCUAGACUCUCUCUCUUCUGGCCCUGGUCGGCCCACACUUGGCUCGACUUCACAGCAGCCCCGCACAGAGAGGACGUCCCCUUCAGCAGCACUCGCACACAGGAACCUGUCGGCUGUGGCUGUACAGGGCCAACGUCGCCCAUUGUGCCAGUAUGACUUCCUGGACGUCGGGCAGGAAGAAGAGAAUGUACGUCGUGCGAUGUCCUGUAAAAAGAUCCGACACUUUAUUGUGGACCCGGACCUGGCUAAAGUAGUAACACAGCAUCUAGAACCUGAGGCGUCUAAAAGUAUUAUCUUCGAAUGUAACCCAGGUCCUGGGGUGUUGACACGGACUCUCCUCAAUGCUGGAGCUCAGAGAGUCGUUGCUCUCGAGGAAGAUAAGUCCUUCCUACAUGAUCUACAGGAGCUAGAGGGUCAUCUUGAUGGUCAGCUGGAGGUGGUUCACUGUGACUACUUUAAACUAGAUCCCAUGGGCAAUGGAAACCUGAGGGCCCCUGUCAUGUCCAGUGACAAACUCUUCACUGAUCUGGGAAUAUCAGAGAGUAGCUGGGCUGAUGACAUCCCAGUGAAGGUGGUGGGCAUCCUGCCUCAGCGUAAUGAGCGUGGCAUGCUGCUGAAGAUGGCCUACUCUAUGUUUGAAAGGCUGUCUGUCUACAGAUAUGGAAGGGUAGAGCUCAACCUCUUCAUGAGCGAGAAGGAAUACCUGAAACUGGUGUCACGUCCAGGCAGCAUGUUUAACUACAGAGCCUUCAGUGUCCUCUGGCAGAUGUCCUGUGACAUUGAUCUGUUGCACAAGGAGCCAUGGGAGUCAUUUGUGAAGUCAAAACAGGGUGCAUCUAAACCUAAAGGCAGGCUUCCCAAUGACCACCUCUGCCUGGUGCGUCUGCGUCCACGAGCCGAUCUGUUCUCUGAUGGCCUCAGUCCCUCGAAUGCUUCAACUCUGCUGAUGAUGGUCAAACAGUGUCUGGCAAAGAGGAAGGUCAAGCUCAUUGAUAGGCUCAAUCUCUGGUCACCAGAUAGUGGGAGUAGGCUGUUAUCUGAAGUGGGCAUGCCGUUGGACAUUCUGACGGGAAACGUAUUUCCAGAGGAGUAUCUCCAGCUGUUCCAGUUGAUGGACAAGAGUAAGGAGUUCACACAGAGCUGGCUCUACGAGGAGAUCCUGGAGAACACACAGAGAGAGGGUUGGGCGUAAAAUUGUCAUUUAUGGAAUUACGACACAAAAAGGUGCAUGUUUGUAUGCACCUUUUUGUGUAUGUAUGAUAAAGUGAUGGUUUAUGUAAAAAGAAUAAGGUUUGCAUAAUAAAUCGUGGGAUAUGCAUACAUAAAGAAAUGUAUACAAAUAAGUCAAACAUUAUGAAAUUAGGAUUGCAUAUGUUAAGGAAUUUUUUCACUGUAUAGAUUCAUGUCUUGUAUAUUUUUGUAUUUUCGUUGUGAACGUAUAAACUCCUGUAUGUUUAAAAUGCCCUGCUUUAAGCAGUGUAUGAGUUGUGUGUUUAAGAUAAUUUAUAAAUAAUUAAGUCAGAA